AUGACAAGCUCGACCGAUCCCAUGCUCCGCGAGGAGGUCGACCGCAAGGUGUCGGACGACGCGAUGCAAUUCGCCGGUCCUAAUCCGGACCCUCUUCCUCUCAAGUGCGACCGCACACUUUCAUCAGCGGAUGUUGGCCGGGAUGAGAAGUCGCCUACUCCAGUCGCGAUACCUUCAGCAGUCGGACCGCCGCCGGAUGGAGGCCGAGAUGCGUGGCUCGUCGUACUGGGCGGAUUUCUGUUGAUGUACGUGUCGUUCGGAUUCAUUACCAGCUUUGGGCAGUUUCAGUCGUACUACCUUGCCAACCAGCUAUCGACCUACUCAAAAUCUACUGUCGCGUGGAUCGGCUCUAUACAGCUCUUUGUCACCUUCGCCCUCUCCCUGCCCGCUGGAAGAUGGUUUGACGCCCACGGGAUGCGCGGUCCAGCCAUAUCUGGCACCGUUUGCUUUACCGGAUCCCUGAUCGCUGUCGCAUUCUGCAAGGAGUUCUACCAAUUCCUCCUGGCUCAUCUCCUGUACGGCUUUGGCUGCGCUAGCGUCUUUGCUCCAACCGUUGCCCUGGCAGGACACUGGUUCGCCAAGCGCAGAUCCACCGCUAUGGGCAUUAUCGUCGCGGGGACCGGUAUCGGAGGUGUGGUCUAUCCGAUCAUGCUGUCCAGACUGCUGGCUGUACUGUCAUUUCGGGAUACCCUUCUUAUCAUGGCCAGCAUGAACUUUUGCCUCACCUUCCCUACCAUCUUCAUCGCUCGAGGUCGACUACCGCCCAAGAUCUUGCCACCAUGGCGAAUCGUCAAGGAGCCAUUCAAGGAUAGGGCAUACGCCUUCUUGGACCUCGGCACAUCUAUCGUCGCUAUCAAUCUCUUCUCACCCUUCAUAUACGCUCCUCUCCUUGCCGCAACAAAUUCCCUUCCCCCCUCUCUCGCCUCCUACGCAGUCGCCAUCCUCCAAGCUGGAAGUACUACCGGUCGAGUCUCCGCUGGACUCUUCGCGGACCGCCUGGGCGUAUGGCGGACAUACCUCGGAGCCGCCAUCGGCGCAGUCAUCUCCCUCGCAGCCUUCUGGAUCGGCGAUACCGGUACAGCCGGAACUGUCAUCGGACUCUGGGCGUAUGGGCACUUUAGCGGGAUGUGGAUCACAAUGAUUGGAGGGUGCUGCGCGAGCGUCACGGCUGCUUCGGGGAAGGUGGAUCAGCUGGGGUUGCGGCUGGGGCUUUUGUUUGGAGUGAUGGCGGUGCCGAACCUCCUUGGGCCGGUGAUCUGUGGAUAUAUCAUCAAUGCUACGCCCGGAGGACGCUUCACGUAUAGCGGGAUUUUCGCGGUGUGUACAAUGGCGCUGGGUUCGUGCAUCACUUUGUCGCCAUGGUUGAUGGGACUGUGGCGGAGAAGGAAGGGAUCAUGA